ACACCAAAGAAAACAUUGAAGUCAUUUCGACAUUUAAAACCCAUGUUUUUAUCGUUCAUUGACCGCAUCAAUAACGCUUGAAGCCAAGCGUUUUGCGUCUUAUUCUAUAGGCAUACGUAUAUGCUUCUCUUCCGUAAACAGCAUACUCAACUCAACGGCAAAAGCAUUAUUCUUAACUAGGAAAGUAGGGUCCCUAAUUUAAGUAAAUCUACUCAUCUCAGAAUCUCGAUUCGUUUUGAUACGAAGUUCCAGAAUGCGUCAAUUCGUCCUAUUUCACAAAUACGCGAUCAGCUGUUGCUUAGUUUACCCGCCCGCAAUAUUCGAAUAUUCGACCGAGUAAGAACUUCGUUCGGUUUCUAUUGCAAAGUUUACGUGUAAUUUUUCUUAUGAGUGCGUCAGAAAAAUCCAUAAUAUGGACCCCACUUUAGUUCGAAUCCCUCAGUUGACCGCUGCACGAUGCAAGUUCGAUGGUCUGUUACAACAGGUCGCCGAGCGAACUGAAGAUCAGGUGUCUGCAGAACAGGCUGAUACUGGAGACGGAAAACAAUUUGAGAAAGUCGGAGGGGGGGGGUCUGGUCAGAAGAAUCACGGAAAUCAGCAGCACAAAUCAUCUACGAAGCCGGUAAAGAAGAAGCUAGAAGCCACAGCCAACACAGUGAUAACUAAGAUCCUUGAUUGUUCGGUUGACAUGGCAAAUUUCGGCGGACGCUCACCGUUGUACCCAAUGGUUCGCGCCUGGUGUCGAAACGACGCGCACAGAGACGAUGUGUCGUCUUCUGGCUCGGGCUCAGAAGACGAAAUGUUAAACGAUGGGCGGAUCGUAACUGUAAUGCCGCCACCAGCCCCGCGCGCUCCUGACGUGCCGCGAGUGCCGCCUCCUCUGCCGCCGCACGGUGUUCAGGAGAUACCCAUCGGAUCGGUAGGUGACGAUUUGCCUGAUGCUGAAACGAUGCUAGCGGAACACAGAGAAAGAUGGAGGCUCGUUCGGGAGCAGUGGGCAGAGGCGUCGGCCCUUAACGAGGAACGAUACUUUGAGAGCUGCGAAAUUCUUAGCAAAUGCCAGUCAAUUGAAGAGCCCGGGGAGGGCGCCCAGGAAUGGGACGGCAUUGAACCACUACCAUAAUCCAACUAAUACAGAACCAUUUGAAAUGAAACCAAUGAGCAUCAAAUGCGAUUGUACGCUGUUGUGCUGGCAAGUAUUAUCCAGAUUACACAAGAAUAUUUCGAACUCAUUCAAUAAUCGUUCGUUACUCGUUGCUGUGUACCCGAAGACAAACCAGUAUUUGACAACGAAUACGACACUAUCGUCGAGCUCUAACAGCUUUGCUACGUAUUAUUUAGGUAUAUAUAAUUUGUGUAUGAGAAACUGUGGUCAGAUUCUAUUACUCUACGAAGGUGCUGACUGAGACAUUUAUGAGUUAUUGUCUUGUGAUGGACAAUGAAAUUAUUCAUUGAUUUUUCCUUUAUUCUUAUUUAGCCUAUUUUUGUUACCUUGCAACCAGCGCACCUAGUCGAACUGUCUGUUUUUUUCCGAAUCUGUCCGGUUUUACUCUGCUGACCUAGGUACAAAAAACAAAUAAUAAGCGAAACUUAAUUUGUACUCUGUAAUGUACUAAUAAUACACCUUUUUACGAUAGCAGAAAUAUGGAUGCCAACGAAAUCAUAGAUAAUAAAAAUGCGAUUAUAUAUCA